CCACGAAAUACAAAACUGAGAUUUAACUUUUCUUCUAUUUUUUCUCAAAUUUCAGUGAUCAAAUAGUGUAAAUUUGGAUUUUGCUUAUGAAAAUCAUACGAAGGGACAUCUCUAUACCAAUUUUGGCAACUUUCUUAAUUUCAAUUGACUGUUUUGUGGCCCAAAGCAUGACCAGUAGUUUUCGACCUGGAAGUCGACUCGCCAGAAAAUUGCUGGAGAAAUAUGAAGCUGACCAGGUGCAUAGAAAUACUGACCAUGCUAGUUGGUACCAUGUUAACUUGAAGAAGAUCCCUGAAGAAUUAUGCAGUAGCUUCAUUCAAUCUCACCAAGAUGAGGAAACAUCAAACUUCUUAGAGCACUGCUUUGAUAAAUCUGAAUGGAUCUUUACCCAAUUUUAUCAUUCUCUCAUGAAGUCCAUCCUUGGCUGGUUCAUGACUCAAACUUCUAUAAAUGGGUUCCUUGAGCGAGGUUCCAUGUUUGUAUUUUCAACUUCGCAGUUUGACAAUCUCUUGGGUUUAGACCCAUUGUGGAAGUCUUACAAACUACUGGAUUUAGGCGCUGGUGAUGGGAAAGUUACAGAACGAAUUGCUCACCACUUCAAUGAAACAUUUGCAACGGAGGCUUCUAAGCCAAUGACUUGGCGGCUCAAAGAGAAAGGAUAUAAGAUAUUAGAGAUUGAUGAAUGGGCUGAUGGGAAACAUACAUAUGAUGUCAUCACAUGCCUUAAUCUGUUAGAUCGUAUUGCUCAACCAAUCACAUUGCUACAAGAGAUGCACCGUGUGUUGGCACCUGAUACAGGGAGACUUGUUGUUGCAGUUGUCCUACCUUUUAAACCUUAUGUAGAGUUUGGAUCAGAAGACAACAGACAAAUAGAAACAGUUUCAAUCUCAGGAAGGACAUUUGAGGAACAAAUAACCAGUCUCAUAAAUGACAUAUUUCUGCCAGCUGGAUUUCAGUUGUUAAAAUUCACUAGACUUCCAUAUUUAUGUGAGGGAGAUAUGGAGCAAUCGUUUUAUGUUCUACAUGAUGCAGUAUUUGUAUUGAAACGAUCAUAGCAUUCAGACCUCAUUGUAUUCACAUAAUUAAAUGUGGGAUUACUGCAGAAUCACAGUUUUGACACAUAUCAUUCAUGACUGUAUUUGUCUAUAAUUUGGCGCUAGGCUUACUUCAUUUGACCAAGUGGGAUAUAUACAUAUUGGUGUCUAUUUCAUUUUUUAAUCAAGAGAUUAAAUCACUUUUGAUUCAAUUAUUAAAUGAACGAUGUGUUUGAAAAGAAUGUUGUUGAGAUAAUUCAAAAUUAAAGUGCCUUUGCAUGCUUAUUAAUGGAAGUGUUCCGAAUGAAAUAUAGAAAAACAAAACAAAAAUACUGUGGAUUUUGGUGACUAUUUAAAUUGGCGAUUUUUUUUUGAUUCACCAAAUUAAAGACAAAUACAG